AUGUGUACUUCUACGAAAUCAGGAGUCUCCCUUACUAUUGGAUCCCAUUGUAAUUCUACUGAAACUUUUGAUGUAAAUGCUAUUAUCAUGGAUAAAGUCUGCGAUCAAAUCCCUACUGCCACUACUUCUUUGACUAAAUGUCCUCAAAUAGAAAAUCUUACUCUUUCUGAUCCAGAUUUUAAUAAGCCCGGACCAAUUCAUUUACUCUUAGGUAACGACGUUGUUCCUUAUAUUUUGCGGGAUGGUAAAAUUUGCAUGGGUUUCGAUAAUCCUGUUUGUUUAAAUACGUUAUUUGGUUGGACAAUUGUUGGGAAAACUUCUAUUAAUUCUCCAAUUUUGCAGAAGCAAAAAACAUUUUUUACAAAAACUUUAACUCUGGAAAAAUUCUGGGAAGUUGAAAAGGUUCCAGAAGUUGUCUGUAUUAGCCCGGAGAAAGAAUAUUGCCAUAAAUAUUUUGAAGAAACAGCUACACUUUCGCCUCAAGGUCGUUAUGUAGUUUCUUUGCCAUUUCGAGUUAUUUCACCUGAUUUUGGAGAUACACGAACGAUGGCUUUAAAGCGUUUUUAUGCGCUCGAACGUCGUUUCCUACAAAAUAAACAUUUCUACAGUGCAUACUCGGAAAUAAUGCGUGAUUAUUUAAAUUGUGGACAUAUGAACGGCGUUUCCCAGCCUGCAUUUACUGAAAUUAAUAAUUUCUUCUACAUUCCACAUCAUGCUAUAUUUAAGGAAUCUUCUACUACGCCUGUAAGAAUUGUUUUCAAUGCUAGUGCAUGCGCACCUAACAAGAUUUCUUUAAAUAAAGCGCUCUAUACGGGGCCUAAAUUGCAAAAGCAUUUGAUAGAGAUACUACUGAAUUUUUGUUCUAGUAAAUACGUCUUUACUUGCGACUUUAAGGUAAUGUAUAGGAUGAUACAAGUAAAUCCUUUGGACCGAAAAUUCCAAAGAAUUUUAUGGCCUUUUUCACCGGACCAACCAAUCUCGGAUUAUGAGAUUAAUGUUGUUGUUUUUGGGGUAACUUGCUCACCCUUUCUUGCAAUACGUACCUUGCUAAGAUUAGAUAAUGAUCAUUCUGAUUUGCCAUUAGCUAGUGAUUUAAUUAUUAAUUCAUCUUAUAAUGAUGAUAUACAUGGGUCCGAUGACUUUUUGGACACUUUACUACUUAUGAAAGAUCAACUUAUUACUCUUUUGAUGCGAGCAGGUCUUUUAGUUCGAAAAUGGGCUACCAAUAACCCUAAAGUAUUAGAAGGAUACCAGAAGAUCACAUUCAGACAGAAUCGCUUUCUUUUGACCCUGAAAACCGUAAUUUUUUAA